AUGGACUCCCAAGGCGGACACUACCUGAACAAGGCGGCGGUGCUGUCUCCUCUAGGAGCGGCCCGUAUGCUCCAGCUCCUCCUGGGCUGCACCAUCAUAGCCCUGGUGGCCCACAGCGCCGGAUACAACCACGCCUAUGGUAUCUACUGCAUGUUUGUGUGGUGCUUCUGCUUCGCCAUGACCCUGCUGGUGUUCACCAUGGAUGUGACACGCCUCCCCUGCUGCAUGCCCAUCUCCUGGGACAACCUCACCGUGGCGUUCGCCAUGCUCGCCACACUCAUGUAUGUCGCCGCCUCCGUCGUCUACCCCGUCUACUUCCUGCGCUCCCAGUGCUCCAAGUCUGACGGGGGCUGCGAGGUGCGCAACUACCGCAUCGCUGUCACCGUGUGCUCCAGUUUCUGCUGCUUCGCCUACGCGGCUGAGGUGUUCCUGACCCGGGCCAAACCCGGCCAUGUGGUGGGCUACAUGGCCACCAUGUCAGGCAUGCUCAAGGUGGUCCAGGCCUUCGUGGCCUGCAUUAUAUUCGGGGCACUGGCCAACGGCAGCGAGUACAACCGCCACAUCCCCACUCAUUACUGUGUGGUGGUCUACAGCCUGUGCUUCUCCAUCACCGUGGUCGUGAUCGCUGUGACCGUGUCGGGAAAAGCCUCGGCUCUGCCCCUGCGCUUCCCCUUCGACCGCUUCGUGAUCAUCUACACGUUCCUGGCGACGCUGCUGUACCUGAGCGCAGCCCUGGUGUGGCCCAUCUUUAGCUUCGACAGGAAGUAUGGCACGCCGGGUCGCCCCGACGGCUGUCCCUGGGAGAACUGUCCCUGGGACAGCAAGCUGGUGGUGGCGGUGUUCACCCAUGUCAACAUGGUGCUGUACUUCAGCGACCUAAUCUACUCCCAGAGGAUCCGCUUUGUCUCCCACUCUGCUGCUUGA